CUAGAAGCAGGCUAUUCUCAGUCUCCUCUACGACUGUUCCAGUCAGAGAAAGAAAAGACACUGAAUACCAACGGCUAGAGAGAAAAGAAGGGAUAAGUGUUCUUGGAAUGGAAGAAGUAGGAAAUAAUAGCACGUUGGAUCCUGCCUGUUCUGCAAAUGAACCUCCAUUCGCCCAAGUAAUAUUGAAAAGCUUUGAUUUAACAGGAAUAUUGCUCCUUGCCAUGCUGACUUUAAUGACAUUGACUGCCAACUUGGUGUUUGCAGAGGAAGUUUUCUACAUCUACCGCAAAAUUCCCCACUCAAAAAGGUCAAUUUUUGUUUGGAUAAAUGGAGUUGCUCCAGUGAUAGCUACUACAUCUUGCAUUGGGAUGUGGAUUCCUCGCGCAACUAUGUUUGCAGAUUUCACUGCAGCAGUCUUUUUUGCUAUAGUAAACCACAAGUUCCUGCUCAUGAUGUUGACAGAGUGUGGAGGUCAAAAACUUUUCCUCAGACGCUUUGGGAAUGACCGCUUCAAGAUUAGCACAGGGCCAUGCUGUUGCUUCUGCCGUUGCCUCCCACCCGUGCACAUCAAUAGGCGCACACUAUUUUUACUGAAGCUGGGGACUUUCCAGUUUGCUUUCCUCUGCCCUGUGCUGCUGCUUCUCUCAGUAGUGCUUUGGACCAACAGAAACUACAGCCUUUCUGAUUUAUCUCUCAGUGGAACUGCCAUAUGGAUCAACUGCUUCAUAGGUAUCCUGACAAUGAUUGCCCUGUGGCCAAUUGGAAUUACGUUUCAACAUGUUCGAGUUUUCCUUCACUGCAAGAAGAUGACUCCUAAAUUUGCACUUUAUCAGUUUGUCCUUAUUCUGAGUCAGCUCCAAGCAACCAUCAUCAACAUCGUGGCUAUGCAAGGGGCAAUCGCUUGCACACCCCCACUUUCAUCUUUAGCAAGAGGAGCUUAUAUGAAUCAACAACUGCUCAUUAUGGAAAUGUUUCUCAUAACUCUGAUCUCGCGAGUUAUCUACAGGAAAAGAUAUGAUGACGUGGAGCUUCCACAGGAUUCAGACCAGGCAGCAAAAGCCACAAAACAGAACAUCAAGAUCAGCAUGGGAACGAACCUUUUAAAAAAGGAAACACCAGCCAUUUAG